GGAAUGACGGGUAAUGGCACCUUGACUCUUCCGCUCGGCAGCGUCCCGCCCGGAUCUGGAGAGAAGGGAGCCCCAAGCCCAUCAUGGUGAUCCAGUGACCUCCUGCGAGAGUCUGCAAGAUGGCCGAACAGAGCAACAUCCAGUCGGCGGCUUCCAAGAGCAUCCGCCCGUUCCGCUCCAGCGAGGAGUACCUCUACGCCAUGAAGGAGGACCUGGCCGAGUGGCUCAACACCCUCUACGACCUCGACGUCCAGGUGGAGAAUUUCAUGGACGUCCUGGAGACGGGCUACGACCUCUGCCAGCACGCCAACAACGUCAACCGCAUCGCGCUGGAGUUCCAGCAGCUACGCCCGGAGGCCGCCGCUUGCAUGAGGAUCCCGCAGAAGGAGGUGGUCUUCCAGGCCAAAAACGUGGUUCCCGGCUCCUUCAUCGCCCGGGACAACAUCUCCAACUUUAUCCAGUGGUGCCGUCAGGAGCUGGGCAUCCAAGACGUCCUGAUGUUCGAAACCAACGACCUGGUGCUGAAGAAGAACGAGAAGAACUUUAUCCUUUGCCUCCUGGAGGUAGCCAGGAAGGGUUCUAAGUUUGGGAUGCUGGCACCCAUGCUUAUUCAGAUGGAGGAGGAGAUCGAGGAGGAGCUGAGAGACCAGAUAGCCUACGGAGAGAUGGAGACCGAGCAAGUUAGCCAAGAACUUGGGCCUGAGUCUCCUGUUUACCCGAAUCGCUCUCAGAGGAUAACGUUGUGUGACCUCAAGAACCUGGAUGAGCUGGUAAGGGAGAUCUUGGGCCACUGCACCUGCCCCUCCCAGUUCCCCAUGGUCAAAGUCUCAGAGGGUAAAUAUAAAGUCGGAGACUCCAACGCGCUCAUCUUCGUUCGAGUGCUACGGAGCCACGUGAUGGUACGCGUAGGUGGUGGCUGGGACACGCUGGAACACUACCUGGACAAGCACGAUCCAUGCCGGUGCACCUCUUUCUCCCACCGCCUGACGCAGACGCGGGGGCUGGGUUUCUCCCCCCAGAAGACGGCCAACCCGGGCAGCCCCCAAGCGGGCAGCCCCAGCACCCAGCGCCGGGCGGAAGCGCUGAGCCUGCACAAGCUCUCCGAACCCCUCCGCGGGGGGGAUAAACGUCUCUCGGCCGGAGGGGAGUCGAGUCACGCCAAGGGCAACCGUCCCGGCCACCCCGCCAAGGGAGACCCCACCCCUCCGAGGCAGAUGUCUGGCACUCCAUCAACAACGAGGCAUGAUGGGGCCCCCGCCAGACCUGGGCCGGCCGGCCGGAGCUCCGCCAGCCCCUUGAGGGGGCCCACAGCCCAGUCUCACCGGGACACCGGCGAUUCCCGCGUGUCGAACACCCUCAGACCCCCCAGAGCCCGGCGUCUUUCUGGAGACAGCGACUCGUCUGCGUCUUCCGUGCACAGCGGCACCCUGGGAAGAAGGCGCAAUGACGAGGGCGGCUUGGCCCUCAGGAAGGAGCCCGGGCGACGGAUCUCCGAAGGGGCUGGCCUGCAGGCCCACGCCAGCCCGAAGAGGCAGCCGGCCAGCCGGAGCCAGUCACGAGACCGGGGGGGCUUGCCGAGGCCGUCCCCGGGGGGCCGGCAGAACGAGGCGGAGGAGCGGGGGCGUCCCCGGAUGCCAAAUGGCCAUAGCAAGCCCUUAGCCCAGAGCCCUCGCCCCAGGGCCCGCAGCCAGGGGAGACCCUCCGGGGAACCUGUGCUCCUCAUCAGCCGAGGGAAGGACGGGCAACACUCGUGGGCGCGAGCCGAGAAGCCCAAGCAGAGCCCGGGCGGCUCCGGAAGAGCCACCCCCAGGACCAAGAGCCCAGCCAGGGGCCACUUGACCCCAGUGGGUUCCAGGAGUCCGGCGCUCAGCCGCCGCAGGGGGUCGCUUCCUGCCCCGCAAAUGGCCGACCCCUCGGCCCGAACGCCGCCGCUCGCUCCGAGGCCCCAGAAGCAGCGGCCGUUGGGUUCGACGGCCUCCCACGGCCCCGUCCGGCAGCCCCGGCCCAGGGAGAGCUGGCAGACUUCCGAAAGCCUGGGGCAGGAACUGGAGGAGAUGGCCCACACUUUCCGGACCCCGCUGUGCCUGGAUCCGAGCCAGGAGCUGCAGCUUUUCCGGCGGCUGGAGGAGGAGUUCCUGGCCAACUCCCAGAUGAUGGGCGUGGAGGAGGAUGAAGAACAGGAGCCGGUGGAGCCCCUGGGCAGGGCCUGCGACGGCCCUCGGCUGCUGCAGACCACCCCGGACCAAGGGGCCGCGGACUCGGCCUACUGUUCCUCCAGCUCGUCCUCGUCCUCCCUCAACUUCUUCAGCAAGUACGGCUUCCCGCCGGAGCCCAAAGACGAACCCAAAAGGAACGCCACCUCCCAGAGGCUCUCAGCCUCCGACGGGGCCCCCUCCGUCCACGCGGACUUCCCCAACGGCUCCGCCGACACCUCCGACCUCUGGGACUCGCCGGGCCCCCUCGAGCGGGCCACGCGCUGGCGGAAACCGGCCCUGUCCAGCUCCUCGGACGAAAGCAACUACUACCCGGGCCUGAAUGAUCUGCAGGAGGUCCAGGAGGGAGUUGAGAUCCCUGAGCCCCUGGCGGACAGUCCCUGGGCCACUGUGGAACUCUUGGCCCCUGCCGAGGACCCCGCGGAGUCCGUCGCCGGGUCCCCGGAAGCCCCCGAGGCCGUCGUACUCCGCCCGAAGUCGUCCCUGAAGAAACCCGACCGCGUGCCUUCCAUCUACAAGCUCAAGUUGCACCCCAAGAUCAAGCCCCGCACCGACUCCCAGCCGGACAAGGCCCCCUCAAAGAUCCCCACUCCCCUCAGCUACAAGGCCGCGGGGGGCAGCAAGACCCCAGCGGGGGGCGCCUCGCCCAAAGACAGCCCUUCCAAGCGCCCCUCGGAGCACCGGCCCUGGGCGGCCUUUCACAACGCCUUCUCCUCCUUCAUGGAAUCUCCCCGGGGCCCGGCGGAGUCGGGGGCGGCCGACGAGGGGGCCUGGGCCUAGCUGCCGCUAGGGGGCAUCGCCUGCACUCUACCCCCCACCGGCUGCAACUGUUUCCGCCUGUUGCUCCGCCAUCGACGCCCUGCUGCUGCCGGGGGCAUGCUCCCUUGUGACCCUGAGAUUUGCUGCUCUUUCGAAAGGAUUUCUUUGGGGUGUUUUGGAGGGGGGAGCCUUUGAUUGUUUGAAGGCAGAACCUCCUCUUUAUUUUUAUUUUUAUUUUAAACUGAGGCUGGAAGACGGCAUGGCUUGAGCACAGCCCCCUCCUGACUCCCGGUGCCCACCAGGUGUGUUGGGCUGCCACUCCCGUCUUUCCCCGCCAGUGCCUGGGGAUGAUGGGAAUUGCAGUCCGGCACCUCUGGAGGCCGCCGGGUCGGGGAAGGCUGCUUUAGCGGUAGUUCCUUGUUUUGUGAAAUGCUUUCAGGAGGAGUCCUUGAGCACUGGAGACCCGGAGGGCGGCUUCUGAGAUAUUCGCGGCCGCGGCCUCCCCUUGCGACCUUGCGCGUGGGGUUUGACUUCCUUCGUUUCCUGUAGCCUUCCAAACUCAAUCGCACUUUUGAUCGCUAAACCUCUCGUUCGAUCCCACACCUCGAAAAGGGCGACCGA